GUGCCACUGUACACGCCUCUGCCUCGUUGCACCAUACUAGAAUAGAUUAUUCUUUUUCUGCCUAUUUCUUUUUUGUUCUCAAUAUAAAUGCACACCCUCAAAGCAACAGGGGCUUCCUCCCUCUCCCUCCCUGAGGGGAGCUACAUCUACGCCCUCGCUCCCUGUUCCGCGGGGCUGGCGGCCAUCUCAUCGGACGACUCGCUCCGGCUCAUCGACUCGGCGAAUUUGAAGCAGAUCUCCGUGCUGUCGAGUCAGACGCACUCAGGCGGCGUUACCUGUCUACGUACCGGGGCUGGUGAACAGGGAACCCUGUUGGCUACGGGGGGGAGAGAUGGGAAGGUCAGGUUGUGGGAUGCGAAUCGGACGGCCGGUGCGACUGUUGAAUUCGAAGCAUUGAAAAAUGCACCGGUGCUGUCUGUUGCGUGCAAUGCUGCUACCAACACUGUCGUGGCGGGCACCGAGCUGGUCUCCUCGCAGGCUGUUGUGUCUUUCUGGGACAUCAGAUUCCCUCGUGAGCCCCGUCUUCAAUACGUGGAAAGCCACAACGACGACGUCACAGAACUCGAAUAUCACCCGACACAAAACCAUAUUCUCCUCUCCGGAAGCACCGACGGCCUCGUCAAUAUCUACGACACAACCAUUCAGGACGAGGACGACGCCCUCGUGCAAGUGAUCAACCACGGCUCCGUCCAUCACGCAGGCUUCCUCUCGCCAGACACCGUCUACGCGCUCAGCCACGACGAGGUCUUCUCCAUCCAUCCCAUGACGAACCCGGACGAUCCGCAGAAAGAGCCCGAACCGGUCUUGUUCGGUGACCUCCGCGAACCUCUCGCCUGCGAGUAUGUCGUCCAGCUUUGUCCGGGCGGGGCAGGGUAUCUCGCCGUAGGAAAUAAGAUGUACUCCUCCCUGAUUUUCUGGUUUGUCUGUCUGCCAUGUUCAGUCUGCUAACCUCAUAGGCAUCAACGGCUCGAUCUCAUCCCCCUGGUCACUCCCUGGCAAUUCGACCAGACGAAUCUGUGGCGUCUUCCCGGCGCACAUGGCGACGAGGUUGUCCGCUCGAUAUACCUCGAUGAGGGGGUAAGCUCUAUCCGAGUUUCGAUUGAUAAGCUUUAUCCGUGCUAACUCAUAGAUCAGUCAAGAAGUGUCUUUACAUGUGGCGAGGAUGGCUUCGUGCGUGCCUGGCGGGAAGAGGGCGGCGGUGGUGAUAGGGAGACAGAGAUGGAG